GCGCCCGGCUUCGGCAGAGGCCAGCAGCGCCGGUGAGCCCCGCAGCAGCACGCCCGGCCUCCCAGAGCCCGGAGAUGGAGAUGGCAGAGGCGGAAUUGCACAAGGAGAGGCUGCAAGCCAUAGCAGAAAAAAGAAAGAGGCAGACGGAAAUAGAAGGCAAGCGACAAGAGCUUGACGAGCAGAUACUUCUGCUGCAGCAUUCCAAGUCCAAAGUGCUUCGGGAAAAAUGGCUGCUGCAGGGGAUCCCCGCAGGAACUGCCGAAGAGGAGGAAGCCAGGCGGCGGCAGUCUGAGGAGGAUGAGUUCAGAGUCAAACAACUUGAAGAUAACGUUCAGAGGCUGGAGCAGGAAAUACAAGCACUAGAAAGUGAAGAGUCCCAGAUAUCUGCCAAGGAGCAAAUCAUCCUAGAGAAACUGAAGGAGACAGAGAAAUCCUUCAAGGACUUUCAAAAGAGCUUGUCCAGUACGGAUGGAGAUGCAGUAAAUUACAUUUCCUCCCAGCUCCCCGACCUGCCAAUCCUCUCUUCACGAACGGCAGAACCGUCACCUGGGCAGGACGGGACCAGCCGAGCUGCUGCUGUGUACGCCAUGGAAAUUAAUGUGGAGAAAGACAAACAAACAGGAGAGACCAAGAUUCUCUCUACAUCCACCAUUGGCCCAGAGGGGGUCCAUCAGAGAGGAGUCAAAGUCUUUGAUGAUGGUACCAAAGUAGUGUAUGAGGUGCACUCAGGAGGCACCAUAGUAGAAAACGGAGUGCACAAAUUAAGCUCAAAGGAUGUAGAAGAGCUUAUUCAGAAGGCUGGACAAUCAAGCUUAAGAGGAGGGCACGUGUCAGAAAGGACUGGGAUUGCAGAUGGGAGCCUCAGCCACCCUAAGGAACACAUGCUCUGCAAAGAAGCCAAAUUAGAAAUGGUCCAUAAGUCUAGGAAGGAUCACUCUUCCGGGAAUCCCGGGCAGCGGGCUCCAGCCCCCAGCACUGAAGGGCCGGAGGCAAACUUGGAUCAGCCAGUCACCAUGAUUUUCAUGGGCUACCAGAAUAUCGAGGAUGAAGAGGAGACUAAAAAGGUGCUAGGCUGUGAUGAAACCAUCAAGGCUGAGUUGGUCCUCAUUGACGAAGACGAUGAGAAGUCGUUGAGGGAGAAGACCGUGACAGACGUGUCCACCAUUGAUGGGAACGCAGCCGAGCUGGUGUCCGGGCGGCCCGUCUCAGACACCACAGAGCCCUCAUCCCCAGAAGGGAAAGAAGAGAGCCUGGCCACGGAGCCAGCCCCAGGAGUCGGGUGGGAGAGUGUGCUGCUAACAAGAAAUGAGGUAGCAUCGGAAGCCACAGAAACACCCAGCGCAGACAUGACUAUCAAGAAGCCUCCCCAGCUUGCGGAGGAUGAUACCCGGCUGAAAACCGAGAGAGGCCACUGCAGUGUGGACCCCCGGGAGCCCGCCACCAGCUCUCUUCCCCCAGAUCACAAAAACAUGGAAAUUGAGGUCUCUGUUGCAGAAUGUAAAAGUGUUCCUGGGAUCAGCCCUACUCCACAUUCCCUGGACCACUCCUCUCCUCUCUACUCGGCCCCCCACAAUGGCCUCCUCACUGAUCAUCAUGAAUCUCUGGAUAACGAUGUGGCCAGAGAGAUCCGAUAUCUAGACGAGGUGCUGGAGGCCAACUGCUGUGAUUCUGCUGUGGAGGGAACUUACAACGGCACGUCGUCCCCAGAGCCGGGAGCGGCCAUCCUGGUGGGCAGCGGAAGCCCCCCAGCCCACACCCCCGCCCAGCAGGAGCCCGCCGAGAGGGCGGCCGGCAGGCAGUUGCCUCCGCACAUCGAGCUCCAUCAGAGCGACUCCGGCACCAUGGCAGAGGGUGGAAGAGCCAACGGCCACCCCGCUAACCAGCCCAGAGACCUGCUGGGGGACAGCCCGCAGGUACCCGUGAGCCCCAGCUCCUCCACCAGCUCGCGGUGCUCCUCCCGAGACGGGGAGUUCACGCUCACCACGCUGAAGAAGGAAGCCAAGUUCGAGCUGCGUGCCUUCCACGAGGACAAGAAGCCCUCCAAGCUCUUUGAGGACGACGAGCGCGAGAAAGAACAGUUCUGCGUCAGGAAAGUGAGGCCUUCGGAAGAGAUGCUGGAGCUGGAGAAGGAGAGGAGGGAGCUCAUCCGGAGUCAGGCCGUGAAAAAGAACCCUGGCAUCGCCGCAAAGUGGUGGAACCCUCCGCAGGAAAAGACCAUCGAGGAGCAGCUGGACGAGGAACAUCUGGAGUCGCACAAAAAGUACAUGGAGCGCAAGGAGAGGAGGGCGCAGCAGGAGCAGUUACUAAUGCAACAGCAGCAAGAGCAGCGGCGGCCGCAGCCCCCGCCGCAGCUCUGCGCCGCCCCCGCAUCCUCGGAAACCACAAAGGAGGACAUCGUCACCGAGCAGAUAGAUUUCUCUGUGGCUCGCAAGCAGUUCCAGCAGAUGGAGAGCUCCAGGCCAACAGUGGCCAAGGGCCAGAGCACACCCAGGCUCUUCUCUAUCAAACCCUUCUACCGGCCUCUGGGGUCAGUCAGCUCGGACAAGACCCUGACCAUCUCGAGGCCAGCUUCCGUCCGGGGACCUCCCGAAGACUCAGCGGCAGCCAAGGGGCAGAAAGCCCACUGUGCCCUGGAGAGCCAGCCUUCCGGAGGAGGAGGCCAGGCCAGCACAGCUCCUCAGGGGAAGGAAGGGCCGUACAGCGAGCCCUCCAAACGCGGGCCCUUAGCCAAACUGUGGGCAGAGGACGGAGAGUUUACGAGCGCCCGGGCCGUCCUCACCGUGGUCAAGGAUGACGACCCUGGGAUUUUGGAUCAAUUUUCAAGGUCAGUCAACGUCUCUUUGACCCAAGAGGAGCUUGACUCUGGUUUGGAUGAGUUGUCGGUGAGGUCCCAGGACACCACCGUCCUGGAGACGCUGUCCAAUGACUUCAGCAUGGACAACAUCAGUGACAGUGGGGCCUCCAAUGAGACAACCAACGCCCUCCAGGAAAACUCGCUGGCUGAUUUUUCUCUGCCCCAGACUCCUCAAACCGACAAUCCGACUGAGGGCCGAGGAGAGGGGGUCUCCAAGUCGUUUAGUGAUCAUGGUUUCUAUUCCCCUUCGUCAACACUGGGAGACUCGCCCUCAGUCGAUGAUCCCUUGGAAUAUCAGGCCGGUCUCCUGGUGCAGAAUGCCAUUCAACAAGCCAUUGCCGAGCAAGUGGAUAGAGCUGUGUCUGGAACCAACAAGGGAGGAACAGAACAGCCAGCACCUGAAGCAACUCUUGAGGAAGCUGCUACGGGAGGCCCCAGCUCAGAGAAGCCUCAGAGCGUGUUCGAACCACCUCAGGUGUCCUCUCCUGUCCAAGAAAAAAGGGAUGUAUUGCCAAAGAUUCUGCCUGCUGAAGACAGGGCACUCAGGGAAAGGGGGCCUUCCCAGCCUCUGCCUGCCGUGCAGCCCAGUGGCCCAAUAAACAUGGAGGAGACCAGACCGGAAGGGAGCUACUUCAGCAAGUACUCGGAGGCAGCUGAGUUAAGAAGCACAGCCUCGCUUCUGGCCACUCAAGAGUCUGAUGUGAUGGUUGGACCCUUCAAGCUGAGGUCCAGGAAGCAGCGGACUUUGUCCAUGAUCGAAGAAGAGAUCCGAGCAGCCCAGGAGAGGGAAGAGGAGCUGAAGAGGCAGAGACAAGUCUUGCAGAGUACCCAGAGCCCCAGGGCCAAGAAGGCCCUAUCACUGCCCUCCCGAACAUCAUGCUACAAAACCGCCCCAGGGAAAAUAGAGAAAGUCAAACCUCCUCCAUCCCCCACACCUGAAGGUCCCAGCUUGCAGCCUGACUUAGCUCCCGAAGAGGCUGCCGGAUCGCAGAGGCCCAAGAACCUGAUGCAGACCCUCAUGGAAGACUAUGAGACACACAAAUCUAAAAGGCGCGAGAGGAUGGAUGAUAGUAGUUACACCUCUAAGUUACUGUCUUGCAAGGUGACUUCCGAGGUCCUUGAGGCCACACGGGUUAAUCGAAGGAAGAGCGCCCUGGCCUUGCGCUGGGAGGCGGGGAUCUAUGCCAACCAAGAGGAAGAGGACAAUGAAUAAUCAACUUUCUUCCACCCAGGAAGCUUCUUUGGUGCUUGGGUUACCAAGAAACCAAGAAAUCAACACAUCAAAGCAUUUUAAUAGGAUAUUUAUUAAAGUGCAAACAAACUCAGCAAUCCUUAUGUAGACCAGAAGCCGUGAUGUACAAUGAUUCAAAAUAAAGUGAAAAAGAAGUCCACCCAUCAAACUCGAGAUCUCAAGAGUCAAAAGAGAAAGGUUUGUGACUCAAAGGAUCACCUGGAUUGGGUCCAAUCCGCAAUUGAUCCGAAAGGACAAAGAAGUUACAAGCAAAUCAACACGGUUGCUACAGGCAGAACGGAGACCAGCCUAGCUGGGUGAUGGGGAAGAACAGCGGUGGGGCGGCCACUGGGAGAGCCGCAGAGCUGGUGCCGGCCGCCCGCACGGGCUGUUUCCCUGCGCCCGCACUGGCUUCCCGCCCUCCACGGCAUCAGCGGUGCUGGGCUGACUCCGUUUGCUCCAGCAGCCGUAAAACUAAUAAUGUUUCUCUCUCUGCCCAGAAGAGGCAGUCAUGAUUCCACGUCUCUUCCAUCUCACUGUUUUUAAUUGGGAAUAAUUCACCAUCACCACCUAUAUUUUGAAGACAAUUAUUUCUUCCUGUUGGAAACACCAUCAGCUCUCCAUGAGGAGGUUGAGGAAGGGGGGAGAAAGCCAAACCAAAUGGAUUCUUUUAGCUUUAGGAUCUUGUCUGCUUCUGAGAUGGACUGAUCUGCCGUUUAUGAGAACACAUUUUCACAAUUCUGUUUCUUCAUAUGAAAACUGUAUUUAGCGGGCAACAAGUAUUUUUUAUGCUGGGAUGGGGGAAUAUAUCCAUGUAUAAAACCUGUACACAUUGAACAGCUUGGUUCAAGAGGGCAGGGGUAUUUUUAGAGUGGCAAUAAUUGCAAAAAAGGGCAAACUCUACCUACACGAGGUAGAUGACAAGAAAUAAAAAGGUGUUUAUAACUAUAUUUUAUAUAUAAAGUGGACCCUUGAGGGAGGAGGAAGAAUGAUAGCUUAUUUUGGAUCAAUCAGAAAGGAAACAGUUAAAGAAAGGUCAUGAAAGGUAGAGAGAGAAGCCAGAAGAGAGAAAAGAGGGGGGAAAAUAAAUAAAGGAAGGAAGAGAUAUUAUUUUUGCUGAGUAACCAGUGUUUUUCAGGAUGAUACAGAGAAAAAUAUAGAAUAGAAACUUAAGUGCAGGCUUAGGAUCAGCUACAGCCCUAAAGAUGGUGUGUGUGUGUACGUGUGAGUGCACACAAGCCUUUGCGUGUUUGUGUAAAGCAUGUGUGCGCUCACGAGUAAGAGUGUGUGUGUGAGGAUUAAAAUUCCAGAAUGAUCAUGGGACAGGGGUGUUCACUGAUUUCCUCCAAAGCUGUUUGCCAGCGUCAGGAAUGAGUGAGAAUUUCUUUUUUAUGAAAAGGACAUAGAGGCUCCAAGCUGAUGCAGCGUUUGUGAUAUUAAAUUGACCUAACAUGGUGUUUGCAUGAGUCACAGUGGCAAAGUUUUGAGCAGUUUUGUAAUUUGACAUUCAGGAAAGGAUCAUAUUUAUUCUCCUGCUUUGUAUUCGUGCUUAGGACAUGUAAGCAAGGAUGCCAGCUUCACUCUUUCUGUCAUUUGAAGCAAUAUGAUAAGGGCAUUCCGUAAUUGAAUGCUCUCUCAAUUUCUGGAUGAGAAAUUUUCAAUUCUGACUGUGAGAAAAAAAAAAACUGACCAGCCUUCUUUUUUUCCCUCCCUGACUUUGUUUUAAAACUAUGAUUUUUUUUUAAAAAAGCAAUAAGUAAGUCAGACCUCACUAAAAUUCAUUUUUGUUUUUGUAUUACAUCACAAGCACUAAUAUGUUAUUCUGACGAGUAGCAAUUACACAAGAUUUGUAUGUAGGUAUCAUGCACAUUAUCUUUGCUUUUUUUUUUUUAACUGGCCUAGUGUCAACUUUAGGGGAAAGUUUAUUCACAAACAAGUGGUGGGCACAAAGUCAAAACAGAGCUGUCUGGUAACUUACAAGGAUCCUUUAAAACUGCCAAGGGAACCUGCAAUUUGAAGCCAGAUUCUACAGAUGGGUAACUGGCACCAUCUUUGUAUGGCUCAUUCUCCUGCAUGUUCGGAAUGAAUAGUCAACAAAAUGUGCUGGCCCCUGAGGGUACAAAACCGAUAAGAUCCCUGCUGUUAGGAAUUCAUUCUCAAGUGGGGGGCUGGCAUGGAGACAAACAUCCCCAGGAAAAUGAGAUCUGUGUUAGAGCAGGCGUCCUGAUGGGUGAAAUGGGGGUACCGGGAAGGGACGCUUUGCCUGUGGAUUUCGAGCGUUCCCAAGGCAGGCACAGGAGUGAAGACAGAUGGGGUGGCAGCUUCAUGUCGUCCAGGGGCACAGGGGCAGCCAGGAUGCCUGGAGAGCAGAAUGGUCCUGUGGGUCGCACAAAAAAUGAAACAGGCUUCACGGCUUCUGGAGUAACCCUGGAUCUGGUAGGGACCGUAGACAUGAUACAGACAAUCUCCCCAUAAGUUUUGGUUCUGUUUCAAAGGAAACUGUAUACCCAUUUGAGAAGAGCAUGAGCAGAUGGAAAAAAAAAAAAGCCCAUACAAUUCAUGGGAU